GCGGAGGCGGAGCGAGGCGGGUUUUUGGGGGGGCAGCUGCACAGUCUCCGGAAUCCCCAGGCCUGGAGGGGGGUCUGCGCGCGGCCGGCUGGGCUCUGCUCGCUCCCCGUCCGGUCCCGAGCGGGGCCUCCCUCGGGCCAGCCCGAUGUGACCGGGGUCCAGCGGAGCCUGAGCAAGGAGCGGGUCCGUCGCGGAGCCGGAGGGCGGGAGGAACAUGACAUCGCGGAGAUGGUUUCACCCAAAUAUCACUGGCGUGGAGGCAGAAAACCUACUCUUGACAAGAGGAGUUGAUGGCAGUUUUUUGGCCCGGCCCAGCAAAAGUAACCCUGGAGACUUCACCCUUUCCGUCAGAAGAAAUGGAGCUGUCACCCACAUCAAGAUUCAGAACACUGGUGAUUACUAUGACCUGUAUGGAGGGGAGAAGUUUGCCACUUUGGCUGAGCUGGUGCAAUAUUACAUGGAACAUCACGGGCAGCUGAAAGAGAAGAAUGGAGAUGUGAUUGAGCUCAAAUAUCCUCUGAACUGUGCCGAUCCUACCUCUGAGAGGUGGUUUCAUGGACACCUCUCUGGGAAAGAAGCAGAAAAAUUACUGACCGAGAAGGGAAAGCAUGGCAGCUUCCUCGUACGAGAGAGCCAGAGCCACCCUGGAGAUUUCGUCCUCUCUGUCCGCACCGGCGAUGACAAAGUGGAGAGCAAUGAUGGCAAGUCCAAGGUGACCCACGUCAUGAUUCGUUGUCAGGAACUGAAAUACGAUGUUGGUGGAGGAGAGCGCUUUGAUUCUCUGACAGAUCUGGUGGAGCAUUAUAAGAAGAACCCUAUGGUUGAAACUCUGGGCACUGUGCUACAACUUAAGCAGCCUCUCAAUACAACUCGUAUCAAUGCCGCUGAAAUAGAAAGCCGGGUUCGAGAACUAAGCAAAUUGGCUGAGACCACAGAUAAGGUCAAGCAAGGCUUUUGGGAAGAAUUUGAGACUCUACAGCAACAGGAGUGCAAACUCCUCUAUAGCCGGAAAGAGGGUCAGAGGCAAGAAAAUAAGAACAAGAAUAGAUAUAAGAACAUCCUGCCCUUUGAUCACACCAGGGUCGUGCUCCAUGACGGGGACCCCAGUGAGCCAGCCUCGGAUUACAUCAACGCAAACAUCAUCAUGCCUGAAUUUGAAACCAAGUGCAACAAUUCAAAGCCCAAGAAGAGUUACAUUGCCACCCAAGGCUGCCUGCAGAACACAGUGAAUGACUUCUGGCGAAUGGUGUUCCAAGAGAACUCGCGUGUGAUCGUCAUGACAACAAAAGAGGUGGAGCGAGGGAAGAGUAAAUGUGUCAAAUACUGGCCUGAUGAGUAUGCUCUAAAAGAAUACGGAGUCAUGCGUGUUAGGAACGUCAAGGAAAGCGCUGCUCAUGACUAUACCUUACGAGAACUUAAACUUUCAAAGGUCGGACAAGGGAAUACGGAGAGAACGGUCUGGCAGUACCACUUUCGGACCUGGCCUGACCACGGUGUGCCAAGUGAUCCUGGAGGCGUGCUGGACUUCCUGGAGGAGGUCCACCACAAGCAGGAGAGCAUCAUGGACGCAGGCCCGGUUGUGGUUCACUGCAGUGCUGGAAUUGGCCGCACCGGGACGUUCAUUGUGAUUGAUAUCCUCAUUGACAUCAUCAGAGAGAAAGGUGUUGACUGUGACAUCGACGUACCCAAGACCAUUCAGAUGGUGCGGUCCCAGAGGUCAGGGAUGGUCCAGACGGAAGCCCAGUACCGCUUUAUCUACAUGGCUGUCCAGCACUAUAUUGAAACACUACAGCGCAGGAUCGAGGAGGAGCAGAAAAGCAAGAGGAAAGGGCAUGAAUACACCAAUAUCAAGUAUUCCCUAGCGGACCAGACAAGUGGAGAUCAGAGUCCCCUUCCGCCUUGCACCCCAACGCCACCAUGUGCAGAGAUGCGAGAAGAUAACGCCAGAGUCUACGAGAAUGUGGGCCUGAUGCAGCAGCAGAAAAGCUUCCGCUAUGAAGGAAUUAAACAUCCUUACUUCUCCCCAGAUGUCAACUUUCAUCAUCUCCCUGAAAAGAUCCAGAGCAGUCGCAAGAAAGUUGACGUGACGAAUGAAUUCUAAUUGGCAAGGCCUGUGUUAACUGUGGCUGACUGCCUUUGGAGAAGCAAAAUUUGAAACCAUUUGAAGACCACUGUAUUCUAACUCCACAGUUCAUUUCCUCAGAUAAGAAGAAACCAUCUCUACAAUGUAGACGUUGUGACA